UUUUUGCUGACUCCGCAUUCUGUGCAUGAUUGAACUGAUGUAGGCUAUUCAUAAAAUCUGCUCAGGCAUUUUCUAAAACUACCCAAAUAUUUGAAAAGGGCCCUAUGCAGGGCUCUCUGCCAUCAUGCAUUUGCCUAGGGUUCUGCACAUUGACAUAUCUGGCGUCUCCAUGGUAUGCCAGUGUUUGUGUGUGCAGCAAUCACUGUUUUCAUAGAACAGGACUGUCGUGGACACCUGCUGGUCUACCUUUACCUUAACAGUCCGUUGACGGAGCCGUAAAUGAGAUUAAAUGUAUAAAUGAGGCACAGGUGCAGACGGUCACCUUGCUAUUCAAGUCGUUCCUGAAAUUCAUGCUGGGUUCUAGUGGAAAUAACUAUUUUAAGUCUAGAUUUUGUGAUGUGACGCUAUAGUUUGUCCUGUCCAUGUGCUCCACUGGGCUUUAGAGAGAGGGUGGGAGGGGCAGUUUAACUGUUGGACAUUGUGUUCCCUUCUGCUGCUUCACUGCAGCUACAGUACACAGAGGAUGUGUGUUUGUCGAAAUCAUGCAGAGUCAGAAAACCCUGAAACAUGCUUGCUGUAUCAGCUGUAUUCCCUACACGACCGAUGUCCUUUGGUCUACCGGCGUCCGGCACCAACAUGGCGUACGUGGUACUUGGUGGAAGCUCACUUACUGCUGCUCUUGUUUAUGCUUAUAAGACAAUAAACUCUGACAGUGCGAGAUAUAAUGAAAGAAUUGCUCAACUUGAGGCCAGACCUAAAAGUGAGGAGGGAGCAUUGGCCGAGGUAGCCUCUGUAGCAGAAGCAGAAACCACAGCAGGUGAGAUGAUUAAUGCAGAGGCUGAACAGACCCCAGAACCCGUGGAGGCAGCAACUGCGAUUGUAGAAGCAGUAGCAGCUGAUGCUGAGGAACCUACUGCAUCUGUUGCUGAGGAUGUCACUGCUGAGGCUGCUGCUGCUCCCAUUGCUGAAACAACCGUUAUCCCAAUGUCUGACCUACUGAGCACUGUGAAAAUCCUGGCUGGAUCUACAGGAGAGAUCGCAGCUGCUUCAGUCGGUGAUCAGCACCUGGUGGCCCCAGUGAGAUUGGCUGAGGAAAACAAUUCUAUGGAGGCCCUCAAUGGGCUGGAGGUUGCUGAUGUUAAAGCAGAGGUUGCAGUAGAAGUGCCUGAGGGAGCUGUGGUUGAGGAGACCAUGAUAGGUAGAUUGAAUCUGAAAACAGAGGGAAAAGAGCUGGAAGGACUGCCUUCAUCACUUGACGCAGUAGAAGAAAUUAUUGUUGUGGCAGAUGACCGUGUCGAGUCUGAGGAAGAGAGCCCUGCUGUGCCUGAAGAUAAUGCUGAAAGCCUCGCUUCAUCUCAAAAGGCCCUUGUUACAGAGAAGGAGAGCAUUUUGGAAUUUGAAGACUCAACAAGCCAUGUGGUGAAGCUCUCAGAAGAUGAGACAGUCUCUGGAGCUGCAGAGUUGACAUCAGAAACAGUCGAGGAAGUAGGUCAGGAAAUGGAAGAAUGUAAAGCAUUGUGUCACGAGCCAACUGCCACAGAAACUGCACAUGCAGAUCUCACAGCACCACCAGCAGACCUGGAGGACCCACUACAGGCUACGGGUGAAACAGACGCUGCAGAAGAAGGUCUUGUUAUGGAAAUGGUGCAGGAUGCUGUGGAGAAAGCUAAACCUGUUGAGGCAUCCGAUGAAGCUGUUGGAAGUGGAAAUGUUGCAUUGACCAUGACACAAGCCUGAAGUGAAUGUACCACACCUGAGACACUGGAAAGAGUGAAACUUGACAAUCUGUGAUGUAAUACAUACAAGUUAACAUAUAGUGGUGCAGUUACAGUCAUAAAAAAGACCUAUAAAUUACUUUUUGUUUCCAACUGAAUUGCAAAUUCGGUGAAUGAAUAUGGUCUCCUUAAUUUAGUUAUUUCAUCUGAAAAUGAGAUUUAGUCAGUUUCAGUUUUAAGUUUAAUUGAUCUAAUUUUCUGUCUCUGGAAAAUAGUGAUCUGUGACACUGUAUUAUGCUGAAUAUCAAAGGUUUUGUGGGCACAUUCGUGUAGUUGGAUUGCUUUUUAUUUUAAAGUGAAAAGACAAAAUUAGAAUUAGGGCAGAAAGUCCCAACUGGCAUGCUGUUUCUAGUGUUUAUUGUAAUUCAUUAGGUUAUUAUUCAGUUAUUCCGUUAUACACAAAAUAAUGUGUAAUCACAAUGGAAGGAAAUGAAAUUUUAAUUAAUCACAUCAAUCUUAAAUGUCUUU